AUGUCUGUGGAAGCCAUGCAGCGACAGGCUGAGAAUUACAGUUAUAAAUGCUGCAGAGUUCUGUUUAGCAGCUCGGUUCUGAACCUUUGUGAGCUGGUGGCUCUCAGACCAGACCUGGCCCGUUUAAAGAAGGUCCUGUACUUCCACGAGAACCAGCUGGUUUAUCCGGUCCGCAAAGACCAAGACCGGGACUUCCAGUAUGGAUACAACCAGGUCCUCUCUUGUUUGGUGUCGGAUGUGGUCGUUUUUAACUCACACUUCAACAUGGACUCCUUCCUGUCCUCCAUACGAUCGUUCAUGAAGAAGAUCCCAGACCACCGACCCAAAGACCUGGAGCAGCUAAUCCGUCCUAAGUGUGUAGUUCUAAGCUACCCGAUCCAGUUCCCUGAUGUAAACAGUCUGCUGCCUGAGCACAAACGAAUGAGGUGUCUUCAGGGCUCUGCAGAGACGUCUCGGGCUGAUGACAUCAUCACUCCGCAGCACGCGCAGCAGACAUCCAGGUCUGAGGAAGAUCUCUGUAAGUGCACUAGUGUGUCCAGCACCGUUCUGACACCUGUCAGGGGGGCGGAGCCUUCAGACGAGGUGAAACCUCUGCACAUUGUCUGGCCUCACAGAUGGGAACAUGAUAAAAACCCAGAGCUGUUCUUCAGAACUCUGCUCAAACUCAAGGAGCAACAGCUCAACUUCCAUGUGUCGGUGCUUGGAGAGACGUUCACAGAUGUUCCAGAGAUCUUCUCCUCCUCUCGACACCUCCUUGAGUCAAAUAUCCUUAACUGGGGCUUCCUAUCCAGUAAAGAGCAGUACCUGCAUGUGCUGUCUAAUGCUGACGUGGUCAUCUCUACCUCCAACCAUGAGUUCUUUGGCGUUGCCAUGUUGGAGGCUGUACACUGCGGUUGUUUCCCUUUGUGUCCGAAGGCGUUGGUGUAUCCUGAAAUCUUCCCAGAACCGUACCUAUACUCCACACCUGAGCAGCUCUGUAAGCGUCUGCAAGAGUUCUGUAAAAGACCCGGUCUUGUCCGCAAACACACCGUCAAGGUAGACACAUUCUUAUUUUCCUGGACCUUCCUGAAGCCAAAGUUUCAGACUUUGCUUGCAAGUCCCUGA